AAAAAUAAAAAACACUUUAUGUAAAAAGUAAGUAAGAAAUAUGAUAGAGAAAACAAACUUAAUUAGUUUUGGGUAAGAAGACUUAUUUUUCAAGAAUUAAUCGUUUCACCUAACUAAUGAAAAACGACGUAAUGGCAGCAAUUUGGCACUGAUUGUCACCUAUAUAACAUUGAGUUGGGCAGUCAUGGCUAAAUACAACUAGCUAAGAGAGACAUUUCAACUUAAGAACAAAGAUAUAGAUUUAUUACACACACAUACACACACACGAAAAGAAAAGAAAUGGAUUUGCGGGUUCGGGUUUUGAUCCUCGCAGCAUGUUUGCUUCCGUGUUUUGUCGAAUGCGAAGUUCGGCGCUACCAAUUUAACGUUGUGAUGAAAAACACCACCCGUGUGUGCUCGACCAAAUCAAUCGUCACGGUCAACGGAAAAUUCCCGGGCCCCACUAUCUACGCUAGAGAAGACGAUACAGUCCUCAUCCGGGUCAUCAAUCGGGUCAAAUACAACGUCUCGAUCCAUUGGCAUGGUGUUAGACAACUCCGAACCGGGUGGUCAGAUGGGCCGGCAUAUAUAACGCAGUGCCCCAUACAACCCGGACACAGCUACGUGUACAAUUUCACUAUCACUGGGCAAAGGGGCACACUCUUCUGGCACGCGCACAUCCUAUGGUUGAGAUCCACCGUCCACGGUGCCCUCGUCAUCUUACCUAAGCUCGGCGUCCCCUAUCCUUUUCCUAAACCCGACCACGAAUCGGUCGUCGUUUUAGGUGAAUGGUGGAAAUCCGACACCGAAGCUGUCAUAAACGAGGCUCUAAAAUCCGGCCUCGCUCCCAAUGUUUCCGAUGCUCAUACGAUCAACGGUCAUCCUGGACCGAUCUCGAAUUGUCCCUCCACAGGUGGUUUCUCGUUAAACGUUUCACCGGGGAAAAACUACAUGCUACGACUAAUCAACGCUGCACUCAAUGAAGAACUCUUUUUCAAGAUCGCCGGCCACAAACUGACGGUGGUGGAAGUGGACGCCACCUACGUAAAGCCCUUCAAAACGGACACGAUCCUGAUCGCACCGGGGCAAACCACCAACGUGAUCGUAACGGCGGAUCAGGGCGCCGGCAAGUACAUGGUGGCGGCGUCGCCGUUCAUGGACACUCCGGUGGUCGCCGUCGACAACAAAACCGCCACCGCCACGAUCCACUACUCCGGCACGCUCGCCAACUCCCCGACAUCCUUCACCGCCACGCCCCCGCAGAACGCCACCCCAGUCGCCAACAAUUUCGUGAACUCGCUCCGAAGUUUGAACUCGAAGAAAUAUCCGGCGAAAGUUCCGAUGAAAAUCGACCACAGCCUCCUCUUCACCGUCGGACUCGGAAUCAACCGCUGCCCGAGCUGCAAAGCCGGAAACGGGAGCAGGGUGGUGGCGAGCGUGAACAACGUGACUUUCGUGAUGCCGACGGUUGCUCUACUCCAAGCGCACGUGCAAAAUAUCAAGGGGGUUUUCACCUCCGAUUUUCCCGGAAACCCUCCUCACGCGUUUAACUACACGGGGGCCCCACCGGCGAAUUUAUCGACCACGACGGGGACGAAGGUUUACAGGCUGCCGUACAAUGCAACGGUUCAGGUGGUUUUGCAGGAUACUGGGAUCAUUGCACCGGAAAAUCAUCCGGUUCAUCUGCAUGGAUUCAAUUUCUUUGCGGUGGGCAGAGGGUUAGGUAAUUAUAACCCGAAAACGGAUCCGAAUAACUUUAAUCUGGUUGACCCGGUGGAGCGUAACACCAUUGGAGUGCCUUCUGGUGGAUGGGUUGCCAUUAGAUUCCUAGCAGAUAAUCCAGGAGUAUGGUUUAUGCAUUGCCAUUUGGAGGUGCACACAACAUGGGGGCUAAAAAUGGCAUUUUUGGUGGAUAAUGGGAAAGGCCCUAAUCAGUCUAUUCUGCCACCUCCUAAAGAUCUGCCUAAGUGUUAAUUAUGAAUUUUUUUUUUAUUUUUUUUAUUAUUUGAUUUUUUUGAUUUUUGAGAGUAAUUUUCUGGCAAAGAAUGGAGAAGGUUUCAAGACAAACAUCAUGGGAUUGAAGAAUCUAACAAGGUAACAACAGAGUGACACGUGGAGACAAGAGAGAGGUGGUGUGUGUGUGUGUUUGUGUUUGAAUAGUGUAUCUAGUAUCAAGUGCUCAAAGCCAAAGCUAUAUUUGUUUCUUCAGUGAAUUUUUUUUACUCAAUAAUUAUACAUUCAUUGUGAUUGUACACACAU